CAUUUUAAUUUUAAUUCUAAUUUUACAGCUGCCAAACUAGGUACAAAAUGGAUCUUCUCAACUAUAUCGAACGAAUUGGAGAUGAUCCACCCUCACCAUCACGGGUAGCAAGCUUCCACCAGGAAAUUCAAAUUCGAUUUCCAUCGGAAUUUCUAGAAUGGUCGAAUUGUGAAGCUGAACAAGAAGGUUUUUCAGAAGCUCCAGAAGCUCUUUCCCUACCCCAAGUGCCUUCUACCUCGGGCUCUGGGAGCAUUUUUCAGCCGAUUGCUGACACAUUGCUUAUAUAUUUUCCAGAUACGUUUGAGACAAUAUCCCAAAACCUUCUACAAAUGUUGUGCUCGACACGUUCCGAUAUGGAUCUACAGGGCGAGCUCAUCGAUCUUCUCGGCGUCGAAUUGUUCGAAUUAGCCGGAGAUAUACUCGAAAAACGGAAUAAAAUAGUUUUCGAGGUGAAGAGCCAGGAGCUGGCGAAAGUUGAGCAUGCGAGGCAGGCGAAGGCGAAGCCCGCCGUGCCCGGUUUCCUGCAAACUGUCAGCGUACAAUCCACAUCACAAAACGAGAAACGACGUGAACUUCGGAAAGAGGAGAAGCGAACUCGUCGAGAGCUCAACCGAGUGAUCCAUGCGUUCGGCGACGAGGAGAAGCUUGAGUUGGAGCUGGCGCAAAAGGAAAUCCAACGCCAACGACAACUGGAAAUCGAUCAAAUGAAGUGGAAACCGUCGCUAGUUGCCGGCGGCCCGCGCAUCGAGGAAAUCUACCCGUACGUGUUCGACGCGAGACUUCAGAACGUCGGUCACACCAUGUUCGACAUCAAUGGAAUGAAGUUCGCGCUUCCAGAAGGUUCCAAGCGGGACACCUUUAAGACGCAUGAGAGUGUCUACGUGCCUCCGUCGAAUAAAGGAGACAUUGAGAAGAUUCAGCAUGUCUACGUAAAAGAUAUGGAUGAGCUUGGACAGAAGGGGUUUAAAGGAUUUGAAAAACUCAAUGUGAUUCAAUCGAUUGUAUUCGAACAAGCCUACAAGACCAAGGAGAAUCUUCUGAUUUGCGCGCCAACCGGAGCCGGAAAGACCAAUAUUGCGAUGCUAACGAUUCUGAACACAAUCCACGAGCAUCAAAAUUCACGAGGAGAUAUUAUGAAGGACGACUUUAAAAUCAUCUACAUCGCCCCAAUGAAAGCGCUGGCGACCGAGAUGACCGAGUCAUUCGGUAAACGGUUAGCACCGCUUGGCUUGAAAGUGAAGGAGCUCACCGGAGACACACAACUCUCGAGAAAUGAGGUAGCGGAUACUCAGAUGUUGGUGCUGACGCCUGAGAAAUGGGAUGUGAUCACGAGAAAAUCGACCAGUGACAACUCGCUCAUAAAUGUGGUCCGGCUGCUGAUCAUCGACGAAGUUCAUCUGCUUCACGAUGAACGUGGUCCGGUUAUUGAGACCCUGGUCGCCAGAACGCUCCGACAGGUCGAGAUGUCACAGUCCGGGAUUCGAAUUGUCGGAUUGUCGGCGACGCUGCCGAAUUUCAUCGAUGUCGCCAGAUUCUUACGGGUCAAUCCCUACAAGGGCUUGUUCUUCUUCGAUGGAAGGUUCAGGCCGGUGCCAUUGACUCAGAAAUUCAUCGGAACACGAAAAGCGGGCAACUUCCGUGACAAUCUCACUCUAAUGGACAACGUGUGCUACGACGAAGUGGUGGAUUUUGUGAAACGCGGCCAUCAGGUCCUUGUCUUCGUGCACACGCGAAACGGAACCGCAAAGCUCGGAGAAGCGUUCUGUGCUCGAGCUUCAGUCCUCGGACAGAUGGACCUAUUCCUGCCGAAAGAUCGAGCGUCGAGCAAGUACAUACAAGCGGACAAGGCGAUCAAUAUUUGCCGGAAUCGGGCUCAAAUCUCGCCACUUUUCCAACGUGGAAUGGGAAUUCAUCACGCUGGACUCUGUCGACAGGAUCGUAUUCUCAUGGAGCGAUGCUUUGCCGAGGGGCAUGUUUCUGUGCUGUUCUGUACGGCAACUCUGGCGUGGGGAGUCAAUUUGCCGGCUCAUGCGGUUGUUAUCAAGGGAACCGAUGUUUUUGAUGCGGAGAAGGGUGUUUUUACGGAUUUGGGUGUGCUCGACGUGCAGCAAAUCUUCGGAAGAGCUGGUCGUCCGCAAUUCGAGAACGAAGGUCACGGAAUUAUCAUCACAACUCGUGACAAAAUCGACAAAUAUCUAACAAUGCUCGUUCACCAAAACCCGAUUGAAAGUCAAUUCUACGCUCGGCUUCACGAUAAUUUGAACGCUGAAGUGGCCCUGGGUACCGUAUCCACAGUGGAUGAGGGUGUUGAAUGGUUGACCUAUACCUACAUGUACACGAGAGCCCUGAAAAAUCCGAUGGCUUAUGGAAUUGCGUAUAAUGCAAUUGAACGGGAUCCGAAUUUGAGAGAUCAUUUUGGAAAUGUGAUUCGCGAGGCGGCGAUGCAACUGGAUCAGAAUAAAAUGAUUCGAUUUGAUAUGGCAACCGAAUACCUAAACUCGACGGAUCUCGGUCGAAUCGCCUCCAAUUUCUAUGUCAAAUACGAAACAAUUCAGCUCCUCAACGAAGCGGAAAAGGGCGUCGGAUUACCAGUAACUUUCACAAGUUUCAUGCCAGACGACAUGGUCAUCGGACUCAUCUCAAUGUCCACCGAGUUCGCGAAUUUGAAGUGUCGUGAGGAGGAGAUCGGCGAUCUGGAAGAGCUGAUGAGCUACGGAUGUAUGAUGAACGUUCGUGGUGGUGGUCUGGCGAGUGUCGCCGGAAAAGUCAAUGUUCUCCUUCAAUCACUGAUCUCUAGAACAUCGACGAGAAACUCGGCGCUCAUGUCCGAGCAGCUAUACGUUCAGCAGAACGCCGGUCGGCUCUGCAGAGCUAUGUUUGAGAUGGUUCUGAAGAACGGGUGGAGCCAGGCGGCCAAUGCCUUUUUGGGAAUUGCAAAAUGUGUCGAGAAGCAGAUGUGGAUGAAUCAGUGCGCGUUGCGGCAGUUUAUUCAGAUCAUCAACAUCCCCAUCACAUGGAUCGAGAAAAUCGAGCGUAAAAAAGCGAGAGAAUCGGAUUUACUCGAGCUCUCCGCCAAAGAUCUCGGCUACAUGUUCAGUUGCGACGGUGACCGCCUAUACACCUACCUACGCUACCUUCCGAGGAUGGAUGUGCAAGCAAAGUUCAAGCCGAUCACCUACACGAUCGUUCAGGUCGAGGUCACACUCACGCCGACGUUCAUCUGGAACGACCAGAUCCACGGAAAGUCGGGACAACAAUCGUUCUAUCUAGUGCUGGAGAAUCUCAACGAGAAUCUUAUCAUCCAUCAGGAGAGAAUCGGCAUCGGGAAGAUGAAGGUGAACCGGCAGGAGACUCAGAAUCUAGUUUUCACUAUUCCAAUCGUCGACUGUCAGCUGACGAACAAUUUCCAACUUCGCCUCGCCAGCGAAUACUUUGUCACCGACGACGUGGUGGUUCCGAUGUCUCUUCACAAUUGCAUUCUACCAAAGUCCUUCAAAAGCCACACAGAUCUUCUGGACCUUGAGCCACUUCCUAUCAAAACUCUCAAAAACUCAAAGUUCGAGGCGAUCUACAACUUUGACUAUUUCAACCCAAUUCAAGCGCAAGUUUUCUUUUGCCUGUACAAAACCGACAAAAGCGCAUUGAUCGGAGCGCCGACAGGAUCUGGAAAGACACUUUGCGCGGAGCUCGCCAUGUUCCGCCUGCUUCAGGACCAUCCUGGCAUGAAAGUCGUGUACAUUGCUCCGUUGAAGUCCUUGGUCCGAGAGCGAGUUGACGAUUGGAAGAAGAAGUUCGAAGAUGGAAUGGGAUAUCGAGUGGUCGAGGUGUCUGGGGAUGUGACUCCAGAUCCCGAGGAGCUUGCGGCUUCCUCAAUUCUUAUUACGACACCAGAAAAGUGGGAUGGAAUCUCCAGAAGUUGGGCUACGAGGGAAUACGUCCGACGAGUCGGCCUUAUCGUGCUCGACGAGGUUCACCUACUCGGCGUAGAUCGUGGAGCUGUGCUCGAGGCCAUCGUCAGCAGACUGAAAAUGAUCACCAGAAGAAGCCACGUGACAGAGGAGCCUGUCAGGUUGCUGGGUCUUUCCACAGCGCUCGCCAACGCAGGAGACGUCGCAGAGUGGCUUGGCAUCCCCGACGAGGCGUGCUACAACUUCCGACCUUCAGUUCGACCAGUGCCGAUUUCAGUUCAUAUUCAAGGAUUCCCAGGCCAACAUUACUGCCCACGAAUGGGACUGAUGAACAAGCCGGCUUACAAGGCAAUUCUGACCUAUUCCCCAAGGAAGCCUGUGUUGAUCUUCGUCUCGUCUAGACGACAAACCCGCCUGACAGCGCUCGCCUUUGUCAAUUUGCUCAUUGCCGACCACAAUCCGAAGCAAUGGCUCAACAUGGACAUGCUCGAGUUGGAAGAUCUCAUGGCCGCAAUCAAGGAUGAAAAUCUCAAGUUGACACUACCAUUCGGAAUCGGAAUGCAUCACGCUGGACUCAGCGCUCACGAGCGAGCCAUUGUGGAGCAAUUGUUUAUCGAAAAGAAGAUUCAAGUGCUCAUCGCGACUGCCACAUUGGCGUGGGGAAUCAAUUGCCCCGCUCAUUUAGUUAUUGUCAAGGGAACCGAAUAUUUCGACGGAAAGAAGGGAAAAUACGUGGAUUUUCCCGUUACAGACGUUCUCCAAAUGAUGGGCCGCGCCGGACGCCCACAAUUCGACGAUUCGGCCGUUGCCGUGAUCUACGUACAGGACGCGAAAAAGACGUUCUAUAAGAAGUUCCUCUACGAACCGUUCCCCGUCGAGUCCUCGCUCCUUCCAGUGCUGCCGAAUCACGUGAACGCCGAGAUUUCCGCCGGAACAAUCGAUUCGAAGCAGGCGAUCGUCGAGUAUUUGUCGAAAACCUAUCUCUACAGGCGAUUGUUUGCGAAUCCCAAUUAUUACGGUCUGGAGGAGGAUUCCGAGGAGGCGAUGCUCAAGUUUAUCACGAAAAUCGUUGAUGACUCUGUCGCAGAGCUCCUAGCUUCCGAGUGUAUCCACGUGGAUUCCGAACAGGACGUGAUCAAGCCGACGCCGUGUGGAAGGAUAGCUUCGGUGUACUAUCUUCAGCACGAGACCGUCCGUUUUCUAGUAAAAUCUCUACAUUCUGGAUGCUCGGUGGAGAAUAUGCUGAAGAUCCUGACCGAUGUUCCCGAGUACGCGGAGAUUCCUGUCCGCCACAACGAGGAUCUCAUCAAUACGGAACUUCAGAAGAAGCUUCGCAUCCGAUUCUCGACGUCUGUGAUGGGCACGUCUGCGUGCAAAGCCCACCUGCUCUUCCAGGCUCAUUUCAUGCGGACUGUGCUCCCGACGGAUUACCGGACUGAUUUGAAGAGUGUGCUGGAUCAGUGCAUUCGGAUUUUGCAGGCGAUGCGUGAAAUGGCUAGGCUCAAGAAUUGGCUCAGCGCAACGAUGAACAUUAUUCUGUUGCAGCAGAUGUGCCAUUCGGCAAGGUGGCACGACGAUCAUCCAUUGCUCUGCCUACCUCAUCUCUCCCACGAGGAUGCUCGUUCAAUCGGCGAUGGAAUGACAAUUCCACAGCUUCAAAACCAUCUGGAAAUCGAGAAAUCCACGUCAUUAGACGACGCGAAACUUGCUCGACGAGCCCAGAAACUCUUCAGAGAGUGCACCAAGUUAGAUGAAGCUCAAAGCCGGGAAGUGCUGAAAGCUCUGUGCAAUUGGCCAAUUAUCAACAUGAAAAUCAUGCAAUUAGUGGAUUCCCGCGGUAAUUGUGUAGAUAUUGAUGAGACGAAGAAACCGGUGAAAGUGACGGCUGGCGAGGUGUACAAAUUGAGAAUUGUCAUGGAACGAGUCGGACCGGGAAAGAACAACUCAUCAAUGCAUCUUCCACAAUGGCCAAAACCAAAACAGGCUGGAUGGAUAAUUGUUGUGGGAAACGUGUCGGCCGACAUGAUUCUUAACACGACUACCGUAACCGGCUCACAUUCGACUCGGUCGACCGCCAAAUUGGAUAUUCGUGCGCCGGCGACGAAAGGAAACCACGAGCUCGCCGUCCUAAUUCUCAGCGAUUGCUAUUUGGGAAUCGAUCAGGAGUACACUUUGCGAUUGGAUGUCUGCUGAGUCAUGCACAUUUUGGAUGAAAAUAAUUUGUUUUUUUUCCUGUUGUUGUAUUUCCUGCUUUAUUUCCCGCCUUUCCUCUUCAUUUUUGGCCAAAUUAUAUAAAUUUACGACAUUUUUUCAAAAAGUAGCAAAAAAAUAAACAAAUUCCCCCCUCCCGGUCCCCAUUUUUGUUAUUUUUUUACUCAUAUUUCCCUAUAGAUUUCUACUUUUUUUCUCUUUUCUUUCAUUCUUCUUUUCCUUCUGUGUUAAUAAGUAUAUCACACACGGCUGAUUUACUCAAUGGGUAAAAGGUGUGUGUGUGAGAGUUGUUGCAGCCCCCUAAAAUUAUGUCUGCCUCCCUUCCCCGCCUAUAUAUUUAUUUAUUUUCCGCUAUGCACACCCAUGCACCCUUUUAAUAAACAUAUUUUUUCAU